AUGAAGAUCUUCUUCCUCCUAGCUUUCCUUGCUCUGGUAGUGAACACUGCUAUUGCGCAAUAUGCGGAAGUUCCCAGCCCAGCUGCGCAAGCUCCCACCGCGGAUGGUUCUGGGGAAUGGGUUGCGAUAGCACCUAGUGCGAGUGGUUCUGAGAAUUGCGAGGAAGAGCAGCCAAAGCUAGACUCUUGCAGCGAUUAUGUUAUGGAUCGGUGUGUGACGAAGGAUAUGCCGCUCUCUUGGGUCUUUCCUCAGACUUGGGGGAAGAGAAGUUGUGAGGAGGUCCAAAACCAGUGUUGUCAGCAAUUGAGGCAAACGACGCCGCGUUGCCGCUGCAAGGCUAUAUGGACAUCAAUCCAAGGCGAUCUAAGUGGCUUCAAGGGCCUUCAACAAGGUCUGGAAGCCAAAAUGGUGCAGACGGCCAAGAGCCUUCCCUCCAAGUGCAACAUUGAUCCAAAAUACUGCAACAUCCCCAUCACUAGUGGAUAUUACUGGUGA